AUGACUGGCUGUUAUCAUGAGCCAUUCACACCGAAUACACUAUUGCCAAUAAUAGUACAAACUUGUUCAAGUCUUCUAUCACUUAAUCUUCGUUGGAAUAAUAUAAAAGAAUCAACAUUAAAUCAUUUAAUAGCAUAUCCUCAAUUCAUUCAUUUGCAUACACUUGAUCUUUCUGGUUGUCAAAUAUUAGAUGAUACACUUUUAAUUAAUAUAUUUAUUCGUACGGAAACUGAUUUUCAUUUAAAAAAGCUUGUUCUUCAUGCGUGUACAAACAUAACAUGGAUAAGUCUGGAUACGAUAGCUAUUUGCAUUCCAAAUUUACUUCAUUUAAAUGUGAGUCGUUGUAUUGGCUUAAAAAAUCUAUCGUCAAAUCAAGAAUCGACGUGUUUUCAUUAUUGGCCUCUACUUGAAUAUAUUGAUUUUGGUAAUCUCUUAACAUUAACUGAUAAUGAUCUUACAAUUGUUCUUGAUAAUUGUAAAUAUUUAAAUACUUUAAUCUGUGAUGAUUGUAUAAAUUUAACCGAUCAAACAUUAAAUAGAUUAACGUCUGAUUUUCGAAUGAUUAGUUUAAAUAAUUGUACAACAUUGAGUACAAAUUUAUUUUUAAAUCUUAAUGAACAGUGUCCAAAGUUAGAAACGAUAAGUUUAAAUUCUAUUAAUAAUUUUAAUGAUGAUUGCUUAUUAAAAUGGUCUGAAAAACCAUUGGUUCAAUUAAAAUUUUUAUCAAUUAAUAAUUGUACUAAUUGUACAGUAAAUGGUAUUGAAAAUUUUCUUGAAAGACAUUUUAAUUUACAAGAAUUAUCAUUAAAUGAUAAUAUUUUAUCCAAUCAAAUAGAACGACAAACAUUAGAACAGAAAUUUCCAAAUAUAAAUUUCGUCUUUCAAUAA